CGAAGUACCUUCUUCAUUCAAAGAACAAACAAACCCAAACUCUGAAACAAGAAAAAAGCCGCCACAAGACCCCGUCACCGCGGGGACGCUGUUCGUCCCGUCCCCGCGCCGUUCGCCUUGUCCCCGCGUAGUUCGUCCCGUCCUCGCGUCGUUCGUCCCGUCUCCUCCGCCACCUCAAUCAACGCUGCCUCCGCCGCCUCAAUCGACGUUGCCUCCGCCGCUUCUCCUCCUCCUCUGUCGCGUCGUUCGUCCCCGUGCCGUUCGUCCCCGUGCCGUUCGUCCCCGCAUUGUUCACUUCCUCCUCCGCCACCUCAAUGAACGCUGCCUCCGCCGCUUCUCCUCCUCCUCUGUCGCGUCGUUCGUCCCCGCGUUGUUCGCUUCCUCCUCCGCCACCUCAAUCGAUGCUUCCUCUGCCGCUUCUCCUCCUCCUCUAUUGCGUCUUUCGUCCCCCCUCCGUUCAUCAUGCAUCGUUCUUCCUCCGUCAUCGCCGACUAUGCGGUCUGCCUCUCCAAGUUCCGCCACCAGAUUUGGGGUUGGCAGUGGUGUGGUUUAG